ACUGGUUUGUAGCCUGGGAGUCUGGGACGACUUCGAUUUCUGUCGCACAUCCGUCUCCCACCUGACUCGUUCUAAUCGGCGAAGAGAAACCCACACAAGAGGAAGAUGGCGGCGCCGGCGACCGGCGGCGGGAUCUCCGCCGACGUCCCCAUCCUCCACUCGGAGAACCUCACCAGCAACGUCAAAUCCAUCUACUACAGUCGGACAUUCUUGUCAAUUAUCAGUGGAGUUGUUGCCGGAAUCUGGGGAUUCACAGGCUUGAUGGGAUUCGUGUUCUACCUUCUUGUAAUGAUGGUGGCAUCCCUUGGGCUUUUGCUGAAGGCCAAAUUUUCAAUUCAUACAUACUUUGACAGCUGGAACAGGAUUUUGAUUGAAGGAGUUUUUGGUGGCCUUAUGUCUUUUGUGCUGUUUUGGACAUUUGCGUAUGAUAUUGUGCACAUCUUCUGAUGCACGGCAUAAAGAACUCAACUCCGAAGACUUGAAGGGAGCUGUGGGGUUUCUCCUUGAACUGAAUUAACGUGUAACCGCACCAACCCUGGAGGACUACAUUCGUUGGACUGCUGUCCUGUUUUGUUCCUUUUUUUUCCACUCCACAUGUAUCAGUUAUAGCUCUGUACUUUAGAAAGAUGCAAGCUUAUUAAGUUUAAUUUACAAAUUGAUGUAGAAGUGAAUCCAAUUGCUGGCAAGUAUGGUGCUUGAUCUUUUGAACAUCAGAACUUGCUAGGUAGGGGACAACUGGUCAUUGAUACAUCUAUUGCUGCCCAGCGUGCUGAUACUAUACUCCACUAGUAGUAUGUUAUAUUGUUA